CAGAUAAAAGAAUUACAGUCUGGAUUUGUCCGCUACAUCAUGAGUUUAAUUUUAACAUUAUUAUUUCUUGCAAACAUUAUCACACCAUCUUUGCUUUCAGAGUGUGAUUUGUUUCUCGAGAAUAAAAUAUGCGAAAUUAAAGAAUUAGUUGACUCUAUUGAGAAUGUGCCGAACGAGUUGGAGUGCCAGAAUGCUUGCGCAAGUAAUUCAAACUGUGGAAAUUUUACUUGGAUCAACUUUAAAACCUUGCCUCCGACCUGCUAUCUAUACAGUGGCUGUGAGAAUGUCACAGAAUGUUUUGGGGAAUGUGCUUACUCACUUUCCGGUCCUUUACUUGAUGGAGUAUCCUGGUACCCUGGUACCUGCUGUACUAAGUUUAACACUGGGAAUGUCUGUGAAAAGAAUAGCAAUAAUAUAUUAGCAGGUAUCCCGUAUAUCUAUGAUGCUGCAUCAUGUCAGGAUCUCUGCCAAGAUACAGGAUUGUAUCCAGAUUGUAAAUAUUUUAUAUUUGACUCCAAGUGGUCAACUUGUGUCCUUCUAAGUUCCUGUUUUGGUAUGGAUGAGAGGGAGAAUGCAGUGAGUGGACCAGUUCAUCCUUCCAUCAACUUCUGCUCAGAGCUGUCUCCAGUGCUCCCAACAACAUCUUCAACAACAACAACAACACAGUCAACAACACCCAGCCCUGGCCCUAAACCAGUUCAAAGUACUGCACUUCUCCUAGGCGGAGCAGAAACUAGGAAUGGGAGUCACAUAGAGAGCAGUCCUUGUGAAUUAAAAAGUUUUGCUGAGCUUAAGGUUUCCAAAAAUACAAAUCCAGGAGCUGCAGUUCUCAACGGAGAAGUAUAUCUUUGCGGAGGGUUUGCAGAUAAUUAUUUUAUUUCUGAAUGCUACAAAAAUGUUCCAAAUGAUUGGGCUGAGGUCCCUCCGAUGUACCUGGAACGAUCCUCCUUCUCUAUGAAUACAAUCGGAGGCAAGAUUUUGGUUGCCGGAGGCUUGGGAACUACAGGUUACAUGAACUCAAUGGAGAUAUUUGAUGGAACGAGCUGGACACUAUUAUCAGGAGAACUACAAAUGGACCGAAAUAUUCACUGUGCUGUACCAAUUAGCGACCACGAGAUAGUGUUCUUGGGUGGAAGUAACUUCGAUAAAAUCUCCUUGGUGGAUAAAUAUGAUUUGAACACGAACACGUGGGAAAAUAUGACGGAAAUGACGUCACCCAGAUUUUCCCAUGCGUGUAUCCUAAAGGGGACGGAUAUCAUUGUAACCGGAGGAUAUUCUGAUGGAUAUCUGAAUACAACUGAAGCUCUGGAUACCCUGAGCUGGACCUGGAGCCCCCUUCCCGAUCUUCAGCUCUCCCGGUCCUACCACACCAUGGAGCUGGUCAACGAUAAGAUCAUGGUGUUCGGAGGAUCAGAUGCUCAAAACUCCUCGGAAACAUUUGAUGGGACUGCGUGGACUGUAGAAACCCUGGCACACAAGCAUAUCUAUCAUGCUUCAGUAACAGUGCCUUGUGCAUAAAUAUUUAUGAUUCUGGCAUUUUUAACACUUUAAGAAACUAUAUAUUUGUUCAGAGCUGGGAACUUUUAAAUUGUCGGAAUGAGUUAAACUUGUUUACUUUGAGUCAAACUUAUUCUCUUGAGUUUACCCGUCUCUCAUUGGUAGAAGUUCUAAAAUUUGACCAACGAGAACUCAGAAAUCUUUAAAUUCUCCCAAUGAGAAAUCAGUUUAUUAUAUCAGCUGAUGAAUUUACAAUUUACAUAUUUACAAAUCUAAUAGUGAAACUCCUAAACAACAUAUUUCAUUAUUGAGUCAAGCUCUGUUUCGUUAACCUUCAUCUCUUUAAAAGUUCCUUGCUCAGAUCAAAUCCAUAAAUCACCUCAAAGUGAUCUAAUCACUCUAAUGCAACAAUAGUCAAUAGUAUUUUUUCCAACAACAAACCAUUAUAAGAAGAUUUUAACUCUUUGAAAUACAUUUGUAUUGAUUAAAAUUACAAUAAAAGUAGCAUAGAAUAGAA